AUGUAAGAAGUCAAACCUCCUAGAGAAUCUUUGGUUAAAUAUGAGAAUCCCAUUGAAGUUAGCAAUGCUAAUGAUGCUACUAGAGGACUUUAAGGAAAAAAGAAAGCUUAGUUAUCUCCUUUAGAGUCAAAACCAAAUACAGAAGUAAAUCAUGUAUUUGAAAAUUCAAGGAUAUUUUGAAUGCUAUUUUGCCACCAAUUGAAUGGGAUCAUGAAGGAAAACAUUAUAUAUAAUAUGUGUCACAUGUGGCAGCUACCAGAGAAGAUGUUGGAAAUUUACAAAAACUUUUGGAUGAACGAUUGUUAGCACGAUAAGCAAGGUAUUUUUAAUUAAAAAGCCUUAUUAUAGAGAAACUGGCAUAUGUCCAAUAAGAGAAGAAUUGUUGAGUUAAUGUUUUGAUGAAAUUAUCAGAUAAGUUACAAUCGACUGUCCUGAAAGAGGUAUUAAAUUUUAUUUAUUAUUACUUAGGGUUGUUAUUGAUGAGAGUGAGAGAUGAACUCAAGAUGACUAUAGCAGCUUAUUAAACUUUAUACAAUUCUUCGGUUACUUUUGGAAUGAGAAAAUAAUUAUAAGCUGAAAUGGGAAAAAGUGAAUUGGAAGAAAAGAUAGUAUAGUUGGAACAGAGGAAAUAGAAAUUAGAGGAGAAAGUAUUAAAUACAUUUAUUUAGAGAAUCGAUUUACUUAAUAAGAAGGAUUCAUUGGAUAAAAAGAUUAAGGAAAGAAAUCAAAUUGAAGAAUAAAAAAGAAAAUAAGAAAUAGAAUUCCUCAAAUAUUAAGGAUAACAUUUAGAAGCAUUCCUUAAAUCUGUUCAACCAGAAUUGAAAUGA